GGUAGGUGGCGGUAUGUCUGUUGUUAAUCAUCUACACACAGCAAUACAGAAGAAGACGAGGAAGCGCUUUAUUUACAUACUUUUGUUGUCAGCUAAGAACUUAGGUUGUAGGGUUGUUUUCUUUAUUAUUUAAAGCAUUAUAUAUUUCACUUUAAUCCGCGGUAAGUUUGAGGGAGCGGUUUGUGUUCUGCUAGAGUAAGUGAGUUGUUAGCAGAUAAUAAUUAAUGGCAGAGGGCAGCAGUAAUCUGGGCAGUGCUCCUCCAGGAGACCCGCGGCUCAUCGCGCUCAUAGUGGAGCAUCUGAAGAACAGAGGCCUGUUUGAUGAGUUCAGACGAGACUGUCUGGCAGACGUGGACACUAAGCCAGCUUAUCAAAAUCUGCGUCAGAAGGUGGACAACUUUGUGUCCACUCAUCUCAGUACUCAAGAAUGGAAUCCAUCCAUCAACAAGAACCAAGUGAGGAAUGUCUUGAGACAAAGCGUAGUUCAGUCAGGGAUGUUGGAAUCAGGGGUAGACCGAAUCAUUACUCAGGUGGUGGACCCUAAACUGAAUCAUAUCUUCAGGCCACACAUCGAGGACGCCAUUCAUGAUUUCCUAGCUGCAGAGAAGAAAGAAGAGGGCACAUCAAAUUCAGCCCUCGAGGCUGAACAACAGGAAAUGACUAGCAACACUGCAGCCAAAACACAAUAUGAAAACGCUAUGGUGGAACCGAAAGAGGGAGGAGCCAGGGUGGAGCCUUCACUGACAGUCCUGGCAGACCCUGGAGAUGGAGGUGGAGCCGGGAGAGGUGGAGACCCAGGCAGAUCCAAGGAGACAGAGAGACAGGGCGACACUAAAGGACCUGGAGACCAAGGCGGAGCCGCAAUGGAACCGAGGGAGCGAGGAGCCAGAGCCGGAGGGAAGGAGGAGCCCAAAAGAGCCAAAGGAGUGGAGGGACAAGGCGCAGCCAAAGGCCCGGAAGUCCAUGGCGUAAACAGAGCGAUGACUGACCAAGGUGGAGCCAGAGGGAUGAGGGAGCCCGGUGGAGCCAUAAGGAUGACAGUCCCAGGUGUGAAGGUAAGAGCCAACUGGUCGAUGGGCAGAGGUGGAGUGACGGGUUCGGCGACCCGAGGCAGAGGGAGGGGAUCCAAGCACCAAGGUGGGGCUGAAGACCGGAAGGCCCGAGGCGGAUCCAAGCAGCAAAGCAGAGCCACCAAAGGAGGAGCCAAGGGACUGAAAGGAGCCAGCAUAGUUGGGGAUGAAAGAAUGGAUGUCUUUGGCAGAGGGGUGGGCUCGGGUUCGGAGUCUGCAGUGGGCUCAGGCUCUUGGUCGAUGGGGAGCAUGGCUAACGUCUGGCUGGGCGGUGGGUCCAGAGUGGGGCUAAGUGAACUGCACAUAUUCGGCAAAGCUCCCUUGAAGACCUUCCACAGACAUGCGUGCCAUCAGCCGCUCAUUGAGACUGGUGUUGAAGUAGACGCAAACCGAGUGAUCGUGAUAGUGGGUGAGGCAUGCCAGAUCGAGAAAAUCCCUUGUGUGAUGCUUGAAGGAGCGAUUCCCCUGCUCAAGCAGGAGCAGAUGAACUACAGGUACAUCCAGAGCUGUUUUUAUAAUCCUUUUUUGAGUUUCGGUGUUCUGUCAGGUGAUGGUGUGGCUUUGCAAAAUUUACAACACAGGAGAUACAAACCGGUGUCUGUGAUUGGUCAGCACCUGCUCACCUCCUUCAUCCAAACUGACAUGAGUUGGAGGAAAUAUAGGCAGCAUCCACCCCCCCCGAUCCUCACUUCGCGUCUGCGCUGCUCCCUCCACCGCAUGUGCUUCAAUCUCUAUGGUAAUGCUACAGUGAUCCGAAGAUAUUCGCAGUUUUACACAGCGUUAUUAUCAUCCUCACGAGACAUGCGUGUGCAACUGACUAUAGGAGUGUUGAUAUUGUUUUUGGCGGUGCGGCAAACACACGCGACUGAUUCCAGCAGCGCUCAUGACACCUCACAAGAGAGAUCGCUGAACAUCCAGAAGAGAAGACUCUCUCUGCAGAACACAGCGGAGAUUCAGCAGUGUCUGGUGAAUGCGGGUGAUGUGGGCUGCGGGAUGUUCGAGUGCUUCAACAACAACUCCUGCGAGAUCCGCGGACUACAUGACAUCUGCAUGACGUUCCUCCACAACGCAGGCAAAUUUGACUCCCAGGGAAAAUCGUUCAUCAAAGACGCGCUGAAGUGCAUGGCUCAUGGACUGCGCCACAAGUUCAGCUGCGUCAGCCGCAAGUGUCUGGCCGUGAAAGAGAUGGUGUUCCAGCUGCAGCGCGAGUGUUACGUCAAACACAACCUCUGCUCCGCUGUGAGGGAGAACGUCAACGUCAUGGUGGAGAUGAUCCACUUCAAGGACCUGUUUCCUAAAGGGCCCCACGUGGAGUUGGUGAACAUCCUGUUGGGAUGCGGCGAGGAGGUGCGCGUCGCCAUCGGCCGACGAAUACGAACUCAGUGCGAGCAGAACUGGGGAGCUCUGUGCGGGAGUCUGAGUCUCUGUGCCCUCGGAAAGGUGGAGAACCAGGCCAGUUCCACCCUCGCCCCUGUCCCAGACAUCACCACCCCACCGGGAGCCAACGGCAACUCCCUUCCUCCUGCGAGCCUGCUUCUCCCCGAUGCUGAUGGGGAAACAGUUUGGACGCUCACAGAAGGAGAUGAAGACGAACAUCAGUCCUCAGGUCCUCAAGACAACGCCUCUGAUGCGGAAAAAGAGCUAAAGAGGUCUCUGAAUGCCACCAAAAGGAGGUGAAGGGAAGGUGGGUGCGUUUAGCCCACACAUAGCAUACACUACAGGUCAAAAGUUUGGAAUAAUGCAAAUGAGCUGCUGCUCCUGGCCCCCUUUCCAGUCUGGCAUAAAAUGACGGCAUGGUAACACCACUCUACUACUACAACAAC